AUCAGUGCAAAAGCAAAACAAGCAACACUCGAGCGCUGGAGAGUGAGCGAGAGCGAUAGGAGCAGUUUGUUGAGAGCACGCAUAUCAAUAGAGGAGCUCCAUCAGCAUCAGUCCAGAUGCGUUUGCGGUUAAAUCUCGCAGCAUCCCCUACAACAUAUUCGUUUCCCAUCAGCAGACAGAGACCGUGUUUGUCUACGUUGUAGUCGUUGUGGGUGUAACCGUAUCAGUACGAACAAAAACCCUAUUCGAGAAGCAGACUUCGUUUUGCUAGAGGAAUAAAUAAAUGCAAAAUAUGAAUUAGUUCGAUGUGAAUUGUUGUGGUCAAAACAAAAGUUGCAAUGAAAUUACAAAUACUGAGCCUGGUAACGUGUUAUUACGUUUCAUUCGUUUAAUUGAAAUCGAACUCGUGUCAUAUAAGAAAGACAGAAACUACGACGACAAAAAAGUCGGUCACCCCUGCCAACUUCUAAUCAAUUAGAUACUAUCAGUACCAAUCAUUUCUCUGCGGAAGCAUCAACGCUGAGCCAAGCGACGGAAAGACGCAAGCAUAACAGUUACAGUUAUUGCACAUCGAAAGUGCCGUGCCAACAGCAUCAGCAGUACGGUAAAAGCAUUCCUUACGGUGACAAAAAGCUGCCUCCAACUCGAAACCGGACGGGCAGGUUGUGGUUCUAGUUCUUGCGUCGUGGUUAUACAGGAAAAACAGAACUGAAUAGCAGCUAGGCUAACGAUGGCCACUGGUGGUGGUGGAGGAGGAGCAGGAGGCGGAGGAAUACUUGGCAGCGGUCACAAUCUGACAGUGGACCGGGAGUUUCGGUAUGUCAUCCAGUGGUUCACGGAAUGGAGUGAUUUCCAGCGGGAGGAUUUCGUACCAGUGAUGGCCACCUAUCUGGCCGAAUCGAAACCACCCGGGGGACCGGUUUACGUAAACGGGAUCAUCAGCGGAAUGGCGAACGUUAGCGGACAGGACAAACCGAUGAGUCUGUUCCAGUGUAGGGUAAAACUAUUCAAUCAGUGGUCCAGCAAAUGGCCCGAAACCUACCGGGACAAGCUGCUGGAACGGCUGACCGAAAUCGAUUCCGACUUUGAAAGAUUGAUCCAGCAGGAACUGGCAGGCAUCUCGCCCAGAAUCGAUCCAGCAUAUCCAGGAGAUCCAGCCGCUACCACCGAUUUGCCCAGUAGUCCACCGCCCGAGUUGGAGACGAGUCCAGAGCCUACCACGCCAACAGCCACCACACUACUGGUCAUUGGGGAAGACUGAAUCGGCGAGUUUUGGCUCAGAGUAGUGAUCUUUUUUUUUUUGUAAGACUAACUGUUUUCACAUUCCGGAGUUAUUUAUUUUCCUAACAUAUCAAUCCAGCGCAACUUUUUUUUCGAUAUACACGAGCAGCUAUUAAACGGAUGACGUAUUUAAGUAAUUUAUUAUCACUGAUUAGCAAUAGAAUCUCAACUCUUAUCCAGUGAAACCUCAAUUAUUUCUCUUUUUGAAAUAGCAACGUAAUCACAAAUGUCACACACACAAUGGCUCUGACAAAUGAAAUGUACGAUAACGGUAUCACUAAUCGUAUGAAGAGUGUGAAAACGAUUCAAACUAAUAUAAUAAUGUGCUAUUUAUCGAGUUGUUAGUUGAUUAAGCUGUGAAAAGCAAUUGAAAAUUUGCCAUAUGAAACGAAGAAACAUCAAGUUCUCAAUCUUGAAACAAGACAUACGUUUAAUAAAAGAUGAAUCUGAAAUUGCUCGAUCCCAGAGUGGUUAAGAAGCGUUGCCUCCUACAAGGAAGUGAUGAUUAAUUUGAGAACAAAGAAUUUUACAUAGGUUCCGUGCACCUGGAAAAAUAUAAUAACACUAGAAUUUGUAA